GUAGGAAUUAAAUGUGUUAAAUAUAAAUAGGUAGUAAUAUGUGCGUUUUUGGAAGGAGGCAGAGACAGGGUUAAGAUCAAGGGUUGAAGAAGCGAGAGGAUAGUAACUCUCGCACUCUCACAAGUCACAACAAUCCCAACGAACACACAGUUUGAGCUUGAUUCUUUCCUCGCUACCAACAUGGAGUGGCCACCAUGUACGGACGAGUUCGAGAAGCUCUUAAUUCGCAUGAGCACACCCAGGGUUGUCAUAGACAAUACCGUGUGCUCCACUGCGACAAUAGUCAAGGUUGAUAGCGCCAGAAAACACGGGAUUCUUUUGGAUGCCGUACAAGUGCUCUCUGAUCUGAACCUUUUAAUUAAGAAGGCCUACAUUUCCUCUGAUGGCAGAUGGUUCAUGGAUGUUUUCCACGUUACGGAUCAAAACGGAAACAAGCUAACAGAUGAGAGCGUCUUAAAUUAUAUUGAACAGUCACUUGGCAGCAUUCACAAUGGUAAAACCAACCACUCAAACGGUCUCACUAUCCUGGAAUUAACUGGCACAGACCGUGUUGGUCUUCUUUCAGAGGUUUUUGCGGUACUGGCUGAGCAGAAAUGUGAUGUGGUUGAUGCUAAGGUUUGGACCCAUAAUGGUCGUAUUGCCUCCUUAAUCUAUGUAAAAGACCGCAAUUCCGGGACCCUUAUUGAGGACUCUCAGAAAAUUAGUACGAUUGAAGCACGGUUAAGAAAUGUUUUAAAGGGUGACAAUGACAUUAGAAGUGCAAAAACUUCCAUCACUCAUGCCGUUGUGCACACGGAAAGAAGGCUACACCAAAUGAUGUACGCGGACCGUGAUUACCAGAGGAAUCCCAUUUUCAAGUUUACUUCCGAUUCCCCAUUGGUCACUGUCCAAAAUUGGGCAGAAAGGGGUUAUUCUGUUGUCAAUAUUCAGUGCAAGGAUCGAAUCAAGCUUUUGUUUGAUGUCGUGUGCAAUUUGACUGACAUGGAAUAUGUUGUGUUCCAUGCAACUAUUAAGACAACAAUCGACCAAGCGUAUCUGGAGUUUUAUAUAAGACACAGGGAUGGAACCCCAAUUAGUUCAGAACCAGAACGCCAUCGCGUGAUUCAAUGCUUGCAAGCUGCUGUGGAGAGAAGGGCAUAUGAGGGUGUUAAGCUAGAGUUAUGCAUGGAAGACAGACAAGGACUUCUAGCAGAUGUGAUGAGAACGUUCCGGGAGAAUGGAUUGAAUGUGACAAGGGCCGAGAUAUCAACCAUUGGGGACAUGGCAUCGAAUGUUUUCUAUGUAACGGAUGCGAUAGGAUACCCAGCUGAUAAAAAAAUCAUCGAAUCUGUAAGGCAGAAAGUUGGGUUAAGCAAUUUAAAAGUGAAAGAGUUGGCAUUUGUGUGCCAUCAGAAGGCAGAAAGGGAAGAUCAAGCAGUUGGGGUUGGUGGGGCAGUGUUGUUGUGUUUGGGUAGCCUCGUGAGAAAGAAUCUUUACAAUUUGGGUCUGAUAAAAUCUUGUUCUUAAAAGCAGAGAGGGAAUUUAGGAGAGUGUGGAAGAUACUUGCAAGUUUUAGAGCAUAAUAUUCUUUGCUUGAGGUUUGGGGUUUGUGUACAUAAAAAGUAAAGGUGAUAGACAGUAGUUGGUUGGGUUGGAUUUGGUAGGUGAAAACCGAUGAUAUAAUAUACAGCUGGAGGGAUUGGGUCCCUACCAUUUUAAAUGCUUUGCGUGAAGAGGGGAAGUAUUUAGGACAGAUUGGGAAUUGCAGAAGAGGUUGUCGGCCUUGGUAAAAAGUUAAAAUAUAGUAUUGGAUUCUUUGGUGGCAGAGAAGUAUAGGUAGAGGCAGAGCAAAUUUGUUUCAUACAGCACAAAAUUUGUACAUAACGAACCACGUAUCAAUUAUCAAUUAUUAUUAUUAAUUUAAGUGGUUCACUCUUUCUUUAA